AGCUUGUUGUAGGAAUUAAUAAACGAGGAGGGUUCCAUCCGAGAGAACAAGCAAUUCCAAGCAGUAAAUGGGAUCGAAUCGAAGCACUUGCAUGCAUGGGUGGUGCAGGAGGAGCGAGGAAGGAAGCAUAAGCAUCUUCUUUUGAGGAAAGGCAGAUGGAGUGUUGCUGCGUUCCUGUCCUGUCAUAGCGUCGGCGGCGUCGGCAACACCAAUCUGGGGAUACUGGAAUGAAACGGCGACGAUGAUCUAGCUAGAUAGUUCAUGGUCUGCGCCGGCCAGCCGGGCGGUCGACUGGUGGCUGGGCGCAUCUAUCCGCCUAUUUAUAGCCACAGUCGUCAAACGGAACAGCAGUGGCAGCGUACGUAGUAGAGGCAAGCAAAAGGGCAGGGAUAGAGCGCCGCCGAGAUAUCUAGCUAGAAGAGCCUAGAAGCCGGUGUAGAGGAUCAGGAGGAUGUCUGGGUCGUCCGGCUCCGGCGUGUGGGUGUUCAAGAACGGCGUGAUGCAGCUGGAGCAGCCGGCCGCGGCGGCGAGCCGGAAGGCGCUGGUGUACGUGCCGACGAACGAGGUGGUGCGGUCGGUGGAGGCGCUGGAGCGGCGGCUGGGCACGCUGGGCUGGGAGCGCUACUACGAGAACCGCAGCAUCGUGCAGCUCCACAAGCGCGACGGCGGCGCCGACCUCAUCACCAUCCCGCGCGACUUCGCCAGCCUCCGCUCCACCCACAUGUACGACGUCGUCGUCAAGAACCGCGACCACUUCAAGGUCGUCGACGCUUAGCCGCCGCAUCCCGCAUAAGCUACGACCAGACCAAGCAGCUAGCUACUAGCUAGCUCCAUCGUCGUCGACCACCGUCGUCGAUCUCGACAUGCAUGCGUGUGCACUGCACAACGGACUGCUAGCUGAUGCCAGAAAUUAUAGUAAGUCUAGCUUAUGUACGUAUGCAUUGUGUGUGUGUUCGUGCGUGGGUACAUGCAUAUUGCUCGGCUUUGGCUUGGCUUAAAUUAGUUGCACGUCUAAUUAAGACGAUCGAGUUUGUGUGUAUGUGUGUGUGAGAGAGAAAGUGUGCGUAAAAUAUUGUACUCAUGCUCUGCUGUUUUCUAUAUUGCCUUUUGGUUUUUCUUCUUCUGUGUGAAA